AUGAGAAGAGUACAAUCAGCAGCACCCAAUCUUGGUAAAACUAAUUCACAUCUUUAGAUUUCACCAUGGAAGACAUGUUUAAAAUAGCAACUAAAUAGACAUCUGCCUUUGGAAUUGAAGGAUAUGAAGUCACAAAAAAGUAUGCAGACCCACUUAAAUAAAUGGAAGAUCGUAAGUUUGCUACACAGAAGAAAGGUAAGCAUUUUUACUCAUGAUUAAAUUCGAAGGUUAAAAAAACUUAGGAUAUGUUACAAGAAGAGGACAUUAUUUAGAGGAUCAAAAACGUAUUUAUGAAAAACUUCCUGCUCCAAACAAAUACGAUAUUGUAAAACCUUGGGUGAUUCCACUUUAAAUUGCAAGAUCUAAAUCUGCUCCUCCAAAAAGGUCAGUCUUUUAUAAGGAUUCUUAAAUUUAGAUCGACGUUUAUUGAUGAAAUCUUUAAAGAAGCCAAGCUAAGAGCUGUGCCAGGUUCAGGAAAAUAUAACAUAGUCCCACCAUUGGAGGAUGUGUUGAAAUAAGUAGAAGAAUAGAAGAAAAAGAAAAUAGAGUAAUUAUUUUAUCAACUUUUUUAGGGCUGUUGAAAGACCUACUUAUUUGAAUGAGAUCUAACAUUUAGCAGUCAUCAAUCCAGGACCAGGAAAUUAUAAUCCAAGGGUUUCAAUCAUCUUUAUUAUAGCCAAUUUCAAAAAAGUUAAAAAUCAAUCAAACUAAACCGGCUGAUUUUAUUGCCAAAGACAAAGAACUUGCCAAGAAAAGAGGCAAGUCUGCUCUUCCUGAUAUUGGGACCUAUCAACCUGAACCAGUAUAAUUCACUACUUUCAAUAAAUUAUAAGCUUUAACAAAACGAAAGGAUAAAUUAGAUAGGAAUGUAAUUAUUAUUAUAAUUUGUAAUAGACUUUUGGAAAGGAUAUUAGAUUCAAAGACCCAAAGAAAAGUAAAUCUAAAUAAAUUCUAUUACCUGGACCAGGACAAUAUCCAAUGAUUGUGCAAUGGGCUGGAAAAGAAUAAGAUAAAAAUAAAACAAAAUAAAAAACAUACUUGCAAGCAAUCUCAAAAGGAUGUGAACGUUCCAUUUAUUAUUGA